AUGGAAGAGGUGUCCAACCCGCGCCGUGUUCUGGCCGUGAGCCUGGACAGCCAGGCCGCGCACCUAGGCGCCUUCAUCAAAGAACUCACCGGCAAGGUACCUGAACCCGCCGACCCCGAGUCAUCUCUCGCCGGCACCACGCAUGACCUGUCCCUUGCCACGCGCUACUACCGCGCCACUGUGCCGGUAUGGCUGGACCUCAUAGCGGCGGGGACAGCACGCAACGACAAGCAAGGAACAGAUGCGACGACCGCACGAGCGGUCGAUCCUGUCGCGUCUAGGACCACGGCAGCCGCCGACUGGGCCGCGAGCUUCCUCUCCGACGAGGCGCGAGAGGUGCUCGACGUGCUGGGCGCCGUCGUGGUCGUGUUUGCGGUGCCACCGACGGAGGCGACGGCAACUAGAACAGCAGCAACACAAGUCACAUCCACGGCGACGGGGACGACAAACACACCAGCAGCCGCAGGCCAAGGAUGCAGAACGGUCGGGCGAUUUCCCAAUGGAACCGACUCGACAAGCCCAGACGCCGCGCAACAGGUCAAGGAGCUGGUCCACCACGUUGGCCGCGUGCUCGGCGACGGCCUCGGUGGCUGGGAAUGGGACGGUGUGCGCAUCGCAAUCGGUGUUGGCGGGCCACCGUUGUCCACCAGUGACGGCGUCGAUGAAGAUCACGGCGUGGCGGCCGAGUGGGACGAGAUAUGCGCCGAGGCGGGCAUGGAGUAUGUCCACUUGCCGUCGUGGGCAGCGGCGUCUGCGCCGGGAGGCCGAAACGAGUUUGGGGAGAAGUCGGGUAUGGAGCGCGUGCGUGAGGCCCUCGAGGCCAACGACUGGGAGGGGGACGGCAUGGAUGAGUUUGGCGCCUUCGAGGGCACUGACAGCGAGGUCGACGACAACGCCUCGCUGGACCCCGAGAGUCUGGACUUUGGCUUCGACCGAGCCGACUUUGAGGGCCUCAAAAAGGCCAUUUGGAGCUCCGGCGUGGAACCCGGCGAGGGCAACUCAACCUCAGACGCCCCGGGUGCGACUGCUGGCAACGCCACCAGCGACGUGCAGACCCAAGACGGCCGCGCGCAUACACAUUCGCCACCCCAAAAAGGGCAAGAUAUUGAGGGGGAGGCGCUUGACGAAGAUGACGUUGCCAAGGUGGAGCGCAUGAUGCGCAAACUUCAGGCGGCGCGAGAGGCCGGCCAAGGCAUGAACGAAGCGCAGCGCAAAAGGAUGGCCGCGCGCGCCGUCGCCGAGGUCAUGCGUGAGCUGUGA